AGUCGAGCCUGCCGCCGCCGCCGGAACCGCAGGCGCAGUCGCAGCCGCGGCCGCGGGCGUAGCGCGUAGUGCGGAAGGCGGGGAUCGAGCAACGGCGCGCUGGGAGGAGGAGAGCCGGUGGUGGUGAUGAUUGAGGUGGGCAAGGGGCGCGGUACAUACAUAUCAUGCAGUUCCGAUGGCGUUACGGAAGGAAGGAUGGAUCAAUGGUGUCGGCGUAAUGCGGGGGCGUUAACGGCGCAGUCAGUCAGUCAGUCACUCUAUCAGUCAGUCAGCCAAGUAACCAUACACGCAUACAUACAUGCUUCUGGGCUCGUAGAUCGUAGCCACAUACCCAGGCCAGCAAACCUGCUCCAACGCCGGUCGUCAAAGCACGUACGUACCUACGCACGCACAUACACACAUGCAUAUACACAAGCAUAUGCAUGCGCGAUUGUCUGCAUCUGCGGACAUGGCGUGUGGGAGACCGCUACUAGGCGCCUGCUUGGUUUACCUGGGAACUUGGGCUUUUGGAGGAAGGAGGGGGAGGCGCUUGGGCGGCUGUUAUUGCUACCUAGGGAGGUAGGUGUUUGUGUGUGCCGGACGGCGGGUACGGUGGCUACGGAAUGGCUAGCUGGCUAUGCAGACGAGAUGCGCGCUGCUUCUUCUUCUUCUUCUUCUUCUUCUUCUUCUUCUUCUUCUUCUUCUUUGUUUUCUUUUCUUUCAGUGAUUUGGUCCGAGACGCUGCUACUUGCCGCAGCAAGAUUUGUCCUGUUGCUCAAGUUCAACGACACGUAGAGGGCCGACCUGUGGUAAGUGGGGUUGGCGUGUCGGCUUGGUGGAAUAUGUGCUGAUGAUGUGGUUGGUUGUUGUUUGUGCGUGGUUGGAUAGCAGGGGUUUUGUG